UGUGCAGGCUGGUGCGGGACGUGUGCAGUUGUGAUUUGUGUGUUGUGUGUAUGUGUGCUGUUUUUCUGAUAUUUCUCGAGGGAGCGCGUGCAUUAGCGUUCUCAAAGCGCUGCCAGCGUGUGAAGGUGUGAAGCUGCUUAAUCUGCGAGCUGAUUAGUGCCGCCUCCCCAAGAACGGUACCGAGCAAGCCGCCGAAGCAAGAAAAGAUGCCCAGAAAGGCGCGGAGAAGGGGCCGCGACGCGCCUGUGGUCGCCGCCACCGCCGGCCGGGCUUCCAACGUGUCCACGCGAGCCAAAACAGCGGCCGGUAAACUGGUUGCGAAGGAAGAACAACAGCCGGAGCCCGUCCAAACCCCUGUCGAGACCCCCGAGGAGCCGGUCGAAGAAAACGACGUUGAGCCGGCGGGGGACGACGACGUGAUCGAGACGGCUCAGUCGGACGAUGAAGACCCGGACGACGAAAUGGAAGACGGCAUGUUCGAACCCCUCGUGCUGGACAUGACGGACGACGACGAAGGUCCCGAAGCAGCCGCCGGUGAGAGCCCGGACGCCGCCGUUGGCGCCGAAGAGGAAAAGACCGAGGUUAGAGCUCCCGAAACUGGAGACGCGAAAACCGCCGAAGAUGCCAGCGAAGCCGCGGCUGGCCAGGAGAACUUGGAAGCCUUGGCGGAAGUAGAAGACGAAGAUACCGGCGGUGAGUCGGCUGUGGAAAAUGACGACUCAGCUGCUGAAAGGGAGAAGGUACACCAGGGUGCUGAACGGGACAAUGUGGUCGCCGCUGCGCCCGAUGAAGCUACCUUCGAGUCUCGGGUAGACAAGGACAACGAGGCUGCUGUUGAAGAUGCAGCUGGUGGCGAUGCCGCUGUUGAAGAUGAAGCGGGCGGCGAUGACGACGCUGCUAUUGAGGAUGACGCAGGCGGGGAGGACGAAGCUGCUGAUCAAGAUGAAGUCGAUGGGGAUGAAGAAGUAGCAGUUGAAGACGAAGUAAGUGGAGACAACGAAGCUGCUGAUGUAGAUGAAGAUGAGUCUAAUGUCGAAGACGAAGUAGGGGAAGAUGACGAGGCUAAUGUGGAAGAUGAGGUAGGUGAAGACGACGAGGCGAAUAUCGAUGAUGAAACAAGGAAGAACGACGAUGCAGCCGUCGAUAAUGAAGUAGGCGAAAAUGACGAAGCUGCGGUGGAGGACGAGGCUGCUGCCGCUGAAGAGGAAGGAACCGGGGACGACGAGGCUGCUGAAGACGACGCCAUUGUCAACGACGAGGUCGGCGAAGAUGAAGAAGACGCCACAACCACAGACUCCACAUGUGUAAAGGAAGAAGCUCCCCCAACGGAGAGUGCAAGCGAAGUCGUGGAGGAAGACGAAGAGAGUGAGGAGAAGACCGGCACAGACGUGAUGGGAAUAAACGGGCGGGACGUCAAAGAAAAGGGGGAGGGGAUGGACGUGGACAAAAGUGUGGAGGCCGGUGCUCCCACGCCGCUCAUAAAGCAGGAGCCCCGGGAGGAAGGCCAGGGCGACGAGGGAGAAGCUCCGCCAGAGGAGGAGUCGUUCCUGGUGUCGGACCUGCGCGACCUGUGCCCCUCGGCGCCCCUGGACCCCCCGGAGACCAUCUCGGAGUCCUUGCGGGCCACCAUUCAGUGCUCAGUCAAGCUCUUCAUUGAGAGGCUCCUGCAGGCGAGCGAGGGCACCCCGACCGACUCCGAGGCCAAGGCGGCGCUGGACGAUUCUGCGCCUGGGGUGCAGCAGCACACGUACGGGUGCUCCCUCUGCAGCACUCAGCUGGAGCAGCCCGAGCUGUUUGACUGCCACACCAAAAGCGUGAAGCAUGUCAAGAGGCUGCGCUGGAUGUACUUCAUGGGACUCAACAAGGAGCUGAGCCAGUUCAACUGCAAGGUGUGCCACAUUUCGGUGCCCUGUCGGGACCACCUGGUGGGCCACCUGCGCAGUGACCGCCACGCUUGCCUCAGCAAGGCCCUGGGCGUGCACCCGGCCUAUGGGGAGUACGUGCUCAGGCAGUACUUCCCCAAAGCCAAGGUGCAGAGCAUCCUGGCGGAAUCCAGACAAUUGCAGAAGACCCCCGGAGAGAUGGGGAAGAACCUGUCUGCUGCCCAGAAGCGCAAGAAUGCUGAACCGUGGGUGGACGACUCUAUCGUGGAAUUGCGCUAUGGUGCACCCUACAAGCAACCGAAGCAGGAGCCCAGAAAACCUGGCGGCAGGGAGAGCAGGGAGAGGGACCAGGCCCAGAGGCCUGGGGUGCAGGAGCAGGACACCAAAGGUUCCCAAAGCCGAAGCUUCAUUUUCCACUGCGAGCUGUGUCAGGUUGUGGUGCCACGUGAACACCACCUACAAGAGCACUACAAGGGCAAGAAGCACCGCACGAAGCUGUUGGAGCAUGAGCGAGCCAACAUGGCAUUUGCUCAAAAGGCAGCCAAUCAAGAAACUGUCAAACAAGAGUCCGCCGAUCGGGAAGCUGCCAAUCAAGAAGCCAGAGGCCACGAAACGGCGGACGAAGCCACGUACCAAGAAGCCGUGGAUCGAGAGGCUGCAUACCACGAAGCUGCGUUCCGAGAAGCCGUCGAUCGAGAGGCCACAGACCGAGAAGCUGCGGACCGAGAAGCUGCGGACCGAGAGGCCGGGGACCGAGAGGCCGCGGAGGAAGAAGCUGCGGACCAAGAAGCUACGGAAGAGGUGGACGAAGUUGCGGAGCAGGGGGAAGGGGAAACUUUCGAGGAAGCGAAUGCCGACGAGGGAGACGACAUGGAGCUCGAAGAAGAGGAGGCCGCCGGUCGGGAGGAAGAGGGUGUGGCAGGGAGCGCCGAAUGCCGGGAGUCGGGACAGGGUGACGUCCCGCAGCAGGACGGCGGCAAGAAGGGGAGUGCCGAGGACGGGGUCACGCGCUGGGACCCGUCGAGGCAGAGCGAGGAAGAGAAGCGGAGGAGCGGGCAGGGGAAGGAGGCCGGCAGAGACAGGAGGGAGGACAAGAGGGAAGGCGACAAGACUCCUUCGGACAGAAAACACACCGCCAGGAGCGACCGGUCCCACGAGCGGAGUUCGGGCUCCAGGAAGGCGGUCCCACGGAGCGAGCCCAGGAAAUCGGAGUCGUCCCGCAGGACGGAGUCCAGGAGGUCCGAACCCCGGAAGCCAGAGCCCAGGAGGCUCGAACCAAAGAGGGACGUGGACUCCUGGAGGGAACCCAGGCUCCCCAGGGCUGAUCCCCCCAGGGCCGAUCCCCCCAGGGACUUGAAGCGGAGAGCCCCCGAGUCGGACACGAGGAGUCCCGCGGCCAAGAGGAGCAAGUUCAACUGCUUCGUCUGCAAGCUGGUGCUCUACUCGGAAAAGGAGUACCGCGAGCACUUCAACAGCCGUGGCCACCUCUACGAAGUCAGCCGCAAGGAGCAGAAGGAGACCCGGCCGGCGCCGAAGCGCGGCCGCUCUCCGCCGCCGUUCGCGUGCCAGACGCACCAGCGGUCCCGGUCUCCCCCCGCGGCCAGCUCGGCGGGUCGCUGGCGUCGCGAGCGCGACCCCUCACCGCGCCCUUUUGCCGAGUCCUCGAACAGCCGCUCCACCCCCCGCCAGCCGCCCCGCACCGACUUGUUCAGCACGCCACAGCAGCCGAUGCGCGACGCGUUUGGCGCCACCCAGCAGCCGGUGCACGACGUCUUUGGCACCCCGGUUCCGCAAGCCGGUGCCGUGCUGGAGAACUACACGGAGCGCCGCGACGCCCCCGACCCUGCGGUGGCGGCGACGCUCGAGAGCAUGAUCCUGCUCCAGCAGCAGCUGCUGGCGAUGACGGCCAAUGCCCCUCCGGCGCUUCAACGCACCAUCAGCCAGGGGCUCCAGCAGGGUCUCCAGCAGGUGGUUCAGCCGGCGCUCCAGCAGAGCUACCAACAGCAGACCGGCCAGCAGACGAGCUACGGGUCCGUGGACUACUCGCAGCAGCGGAGCGCGGCGCUGCCCACUCAGGUGCCGGACCUGCAGCAGAGCCUGAUGCAGCUCCGGCAGAGUCAGCAGUACAGCGUGUUGAACUCCUACCAACAGCAACACCCAAUGGCAAAUGCGACGUCCAACGUCGCUGCAUCGUAUUUAAACAGCGUCGCGGGCCAGCACGCGACUACAGGUCAGCUCGGAAGUGUAAGCCAGUAUGGCAGCACGAGUCAGCAGGCAAGCAUAGGUCAGCACAGAAGUGUAGCCCAGCACGGAAGUGUAGCCCAGCACGGAAGCGUAGCCCAGCACGGAAGCGUAGCCCAGCACGGAAGCGUAGCCCAGCACGGAAGCGUAGCCCAGCACGGAAGCGUAGCCCAGCCCGGAAGCGUAGCCCAGCACGCGAGUGUGAGCCAGCACAGGGGCGUAGGUCAGCGCGGAGCCACGAGCCAGCAGGGAGGCGUGGGCCAGCACGCGCGCACUGCCCUGUCCAGCUACCAGAGCAGCACUGUGGACGGCAGCAUCGGGUCGUACACGAUGCGCCGGAAGGGGGCAGCAGUCCAGCCGCUGAAGAAGAGUGGCGGCGCCUUCCAGCAGUCGCCGGCGACGAGGCAGGGACAGGCGCCAGCCUCGUCGCUGGGCUACGGCGGGGCUUCUCUGUCGGACGGGCGCAGGGGCACCCAGGGCGCGCUUGGCCAGUACGGCAGGAGCAACCUGACCACUGUCCGGUCCUCUGGCUUCAACAAUUCCCUGGCCAAGAGAUACUGAGCCCUGCAUUGUGUCCCGUUUCUUCUCGUCUCUUUGCGUUAAAUAAAGUCUCAUUUGUGCGGUGCAA